GCCCCCACAGUAGCGGAAAUGUUCAAAGGCCGACGGUUAGGUCAUAGAGCCGCGACCCCGACUCCCCGAAGCACUAGGCCCUAGAAGCGGGGGGCACGCGGCGCCAGAGCCACCGACUCCGCCGGCGGCGGCCGGAUCCGGCGAGCUUGCGGCGCCAGGCUAGGGCUCCUCCUCGCCGUCGUCGUCGACCGGCGGCUAAUCCACCAGCGCCUGGGUGAUCGGUGAGUCGGCUCUUCGUUUCUUGCCGCGCGGUGCCCUUCGCCCGCCACCUGUUCGACGGAAUGCCUCCUAGGCGAAGGGGCUCGAGAGGCGAGGAGAUGGCGGAGGCCAGCAAGGAGGGCGGGAUCAACGCCCUCCCCGACGAGCUCCUCCAGCACGUCCUGUCCUUGCUGUCAGCCGAUGAGGCCGUCAAGACCUGCGUCCUGUCCCGGCGAUGGCGCCACCUCUGGAGAUCCACGGACGUCCUGCGCCUUGAUGCUGAUAAGGAGAGAUGGAAGAGCUCCAAGCGGUUCAAGAAGUUUGUCAACCAUCUAGUGCUCUUCCGGGGCUGCUCGCCUCUACGCGAGUUUGAUUUGGAAUUCAGUUCAUGUCGAGAGAAGGAUGAAAAGGGUGAAGACAGUGACGAGGAUGAAUCAGACGAUGACAGAGGUGAGGAUGAAUCAGAUGAAGACAGUGAUGGCGAUGAAUCAGAUGAACACAGUGACGACGGUGAAUCAGAUGACGACAGUGACGAGGACGAAGACAGUAAUCCAUUCCAAUGUGUCAUGAUGUGGGUCAUGUAUGCUCUAAUAUGCCAAGUUCAGGUGCUCAAAAUCCACAACUUCAAUGAAAGAUACAUUGAAAUAGAUGGCGGCAUGCCUCUCGUCUCACAGCACUUGACUAAGAUAGAACUUUCUGGUAUAGUGUUAAAGGAUUGUUUUCUUAACUUCUCAAGCUGUCCCGCAUUGAAAGAGCUAUAUUUCACCAAGAAUUGCUGCUUUGACUCUGUCAAGAAGAUCUUCUCCCAGUCAAUGCAAUGCCUUCGGAUCUUCUGUUGUCAAUUCAGUGAAUAUCACCGCACACUCAUUUAUGCACCAAGCCUCAUUAGGCUCUUUCUUGAAGGUUUUUGGGGCAGAACUCCUUUUCUGGAAAGAAUGCCCUCAUUAGUUGAAGCAUCUGUCAGACCCCACCAGGAUUGUGAUGACUGGUGUAGUAAUACUUACACUGGUAAUUGUGAAGAUGAAGACUGUGAUGGUUGUCAUGGUAUGAUAGAUAAGAUCGGCAACAGUUCCAAUUGUGUGCUCCUUGGAGGUCUAUCAGAAGCUAAGAGUUUGAAGUUGAUAGCUGGACCUGAAAUAAUUAUUUUUGGAAGUGAUUUGAGAUGGUGCCCUAUGUUUAGCAAGCUGAAGAAUUUGUUACUCAAUGAGUGGUGUCUUCUGUCUAAUUUCUGGGCACUAGCCUGUAUUCUUGAACACUCACCAGUUCUACGGAAGCUCACUCUUCAAAUUUCCAAGGAAGCUAAAUCUAUGAUGCAAACAGAAGAGAAUGACAAUCCAUUGCGGAAACCAGCUGCAAUAUCUGAACACCUUAAGGUAGUGAAAGUCCACUGUAAAGAAGUUGAUGAGGUGGUUUACAAAAUUGGGAAGUGGUUGAGUACAUUGGACAUAAAAGUUCUUAUCAAACGGAGGAAUCAAUCACCAAAACGUUUCUGUUCAAGUAAGGUCUAAAAACUGGAUUGUCCAUGGAUCUACAGGUCUAAAAUGGUUUCACCGCGUUGGUGCUUACUGCUUAAUUUGCUGUGACAACUGAGAAGGUUGCCAUUUUCUGUCUGUAGGUGUCAUAUGUCAGUUCCAGUCAUAUUGACAGUUGGAAAUAUAAGUCAGAAUUUGUAAUUGUAGGGCCCUAAAAAAAAGGAUUUGGAAGUGCAGGUAAUCUAUGGGUUUCUGGUUUGAUAAAUCUGCUACCUUUAACAUGUCUAGCUCUGUGAACAUUGCUCCGUCUGAAAUGUUUGAUAGUAUGCACAUCUGGUAAUGUGUUUGAGCAUGUUUGUCAAUCUGUGGAGGUCAUGUCGAAUUGAGAGAUGCUUCCUUUUCGUUAUAGAUGAGAGUGUAUAUGGAGUUUUCCGCAGAUUAAACCGUAAGAACAUGCUGAAUUUUUCAUUCAGAGUAGUUUUGAACAAUAAAUUGUACAGAGUACAGGAGUUGAGUUGCACAGGAAGGUAAUUGAAUCGUAUGUCCAAACGAGGCUUCUUUAUAAAAAUCUACUCGGGCCUACGUGUUGGACCUUUAAAUGGGCCCAGCACUGAAAUGUUCAUGGCCCACGCUUGUGGGCCUGUAUGGUCCGGCCCGUUAAUCCUAUCCAGUAAUUGGGCCUUUACCUCGGUCAGGUGGCCAGCCUGGGAAUACCAUAGCAGUAGACGCGGGCACGGCGGCGCCACGGCCACCGACACCGCCGCCGGCGGACAUCUCCGACGAGCUCGCUGGCGACUCCUCCGAAGAUAGAAUCGCGCUACUGCAGCCGCGUCGCCUCGUACCACGGAGCCCCGGCAAGUCACACUGGUUGUUUCUUGCACCGUGGCCCCGACGCCCGCCGCCUGUUCGACGGAAUGCGUCCACAAGGGAAGACGUUGGAAAUGGGCAAGAGAGCCCUACCUCGGAGCAGCGACGGCGACGAAGACCGGACAGGAGACCUGCCGGAUGGGAUCCUCCACCACAUCCUCGGGUCCCUGCCGGCGCGGGACGCCGCGCGGACGUGCGUGCUCGCGCGGCGGUGGCGCCACCUCUGGAAGUUCGCCACGGGCCUGCGCAUCACCGACCGCGAAAUGCGGGAGCCGGCGCCCAUGGAAAAGCUCCAGGAUUUCGUGGACCACCUGCUGCUCCUCCGCGGGCGCGCGCCGCUCGAGACGUGCUGGCUCAACUUGACCCGGCUGUCGUCCGACGGCGACGCCCGCCGUGUGAACCUCUGGUUCCGGCAUGCGGUUCUGUGCGAGGUCCAAGUGCUCCGGCUGGAUCUCAUUCUUAAUGGCUUUCAGCUCAAGCUAGACGACCUGCCUCUAGCCUCCCGGUGCUUGGCGAAGCUAAACCUUUCUGGUGUCCAUUUGAUGCACAGUUUUCCCGAUUUCUCAUGCUGUCCGGUGCUGGAACAUCUAGAUAUCUUCUUCUGUGACUUGUCAGAUGCCAAGAAGAUCACUUCACAGUCCAUGAAAUGCCUCAAUAUCAGACAUUGCACUUUCAGCCAAAUAUCCCGCACUCGUAUUUCUGCCCCUAAUCUCAUUUCAUUGCGGCUAGAAAAUUAUUGGCACCGGACUCCUGUCUUUGAGGUUAUGCCGUUAAUAGUGGAUGCAUUUGUCAGAGUACACGAUCGAUCUGGGGAUUGGUAUAGUUGUACAAGUGGUAAUGCUGAUUUUGAGGAAUGCCUUUGUGAGGAUUGUGACUUUUGUCAUAGCAACACCAAUUGUGUGAUUAUGCAAGCUUUAUCACAGGCUAAGAAUUUGGUGUUGUCAGCUCAUGAACAAGAGUUUAUUUUCAAAAAGGAAUUGAUGCGGUGCCCUACAUUUAGUAACUUGAAGACGUUGUUACUCAUUAACUGCUUCUGUGUGGCCUUCGAUUUGCAUGGAAUCACUUCCAUUCUUAGACACACACCAGUUAUAGAGAAACUCAUUCUUGAGUUUUUUUUCGAGGUUACUGAACAUGAUGAUGAGGUGGAAAUGAAAGGAAGUUGUAGUCAAAUGGAGAGAUCAUCUGCAAUAUCAAAACAUCUUAAGUUAGUCAUAGUCAAAUGUAACGCGAUUGAUGGGAGAAUUACCAAAAUUCUGAAGUUCUUAUCUACAUUUAAUAUUUGUUUCAGUUUCGAGUAGGCUUUAAAAGUUGGGCUGUUCCAUGGAUCUACUACUAUGUUACUGUUCAGAGCAUUGGUGGCUUGGUGCUUAAUUUGCUGUGACAAUUGAGAAGGUUGCGGUAUUAUGUCUGUUGGUAUCAUAUUGAUGUUCUAGUCAUAGUAACUGUUUAAAACUGACAAAAUAACCUUGUCUGUAUUUGUAACUGCCUUACUAUGGCCUAGGGAGAGUUUAGAAGUGCUUGUAAUCUAGUUGGACGGACCUAGUAUACUGUGAUUUGCUAUUUCUUUUGAAAUUUUUGGUUAAUUCGGAUUUAUUCUA